CACGGAAAGGUUGUGUGCUGCGGCCGCCAUUUUGGGGAAGUGGAGCCUUGCAACCCAGCUGCAACCACAAGUCUGGUUCCGGGUUAAAGGACCCCGCCCUGUUAACCCUCAGAACUGAUUUGAGUCAGCCCCAAUCCUUGCUCCCAUGGUUCCAAGUUUUAGCCCCAUUCUUUCAAUCCCAUUACUCAGCCCCCCAAUCCCGGAACUCCACUCUAAAGCCUUCAAAAUCUCUGUCCCUGAGACCCAUUGUGAAGGAUCCCUCUCUCUCCUAUCCUUCCCGCCCAUGCCAUAGGCUCCAUAAUGAGUUCUUCAUGCUCUUCUCUCCUAGAGCCCCCAGCCCCUCCCCCAAGAACCCCUGCCUCCCAGACCCCCAUGGUUCCACCUCCUCCCCUACCCCCACAUCUUCCAGACUUAGCCUUUCCACCCUCUCCCUCAAGUCCCCAGGCCCCUAUUCCCCCACCACCGCCACUGCCACCUCCACCCCCUUCCUCGGGUGCUGCUCCCCCUCAUGUCUUCGGCCUGGAGAAGAGCCAGCUUCUGAAAGAGGCCUUGGAGAAGGCGGGCCCAGUCCCCGGGAGCAGAGAAGACGUGAAGAGGCUCCUGAAGCUUCACAAGGACCGUUUCAGAAGUGACUUGCAGUGGAUCCUCUUCUGUGCAGACCUGCCCUCCCUCAUCCAAGAAGGCCCUCAGUGUGGGCUGGUGGCCCUGUGGAUGGCAGGCACUCUUCUGGUGCCCCCCAGUGGCAUCCCCCUGGAGAGACUCGUGCAGAUGGCCAUGGAAAGAGGCUACACUGUCCAGGGAGAGAUGUUCUCUGUGGCCGACAUGGGCAGGCUAGCUGAGGAGGCACUGGGCUGCCGAGCCGAGCUGCUCCAUGGCGGCCUGGGUGGUCCCAACAGAGAGCAUGUGCUGCAGCACCUUGUCACUGGACAUCCGUUGCUCAUCCCCUACGAUGAAGACUUCAACCAUGAACCAUGUCAGAGGAAGGGCCACAAGGCCCACUGGGCAGUGAGCACAGGGGUCCUGCUGGGUGUGCAGGGUGUGCCAACCCCCGGCUAUGCUGAGGACCCUGAGCUGCCAGGCCUAUUUCACCCAGUGCCCAGCAUACCCCACCAGCCACCAUCCCUGCCAGAGGAAGGCUCACUGGGAGCAGUCUACCUUCUCUCCAAGCAGGGCAAGAGUUGGCACUACCAGCUGUGGGACUACGACCAACUCCGGGAUAGCAACCUGCAGCUGACAGACUUCUCACCCUCUCGGGCCGCUGAUGGCCGGGCAUAUGUGGUACCUGCUGGUGGGGUACGGGCUGGCCUCUGUGGCCAGGCCCUGCUCCUCAGACCAUACGAUUCCAGCCACUGGCCUGCUGCAUCCCUGAAAUGGAGAGACUGAGGCUUGGAGGAGUGCAGUCACUGGCUUAAGGUCACAUGAUUUGGCAAGCGGUGGAGUCAGGAUUCAAACCAAGUGGUUAGUACCUACAUAGACGUACAUAUCUAGAUAAGUAUUUUUUAGAGCAAGAUUAGUUUAAUGAAUACCUGCUGCUUCCCCCUCUGAAAGGGGAGGAACCGGUCUGUCUGGGUCACUGCUGUGUCUUCAGUGCGAAGGCACUUUAGAGACUAGACAAUGUAAGUGUAGUGCUUCUUAGUGUUUCUAACCUCCAUCCCGGCCCUGACCCCCCAUCUGCACCUCCCCUUCCCAGCCCUGACAACACUGGUUGGCACUGUCUUGGUCACCACCAUUGCCCUGCCUUAGCCAGCAAAGCCAGGCACAGCAUUCCAGGCCUGCCUCUCUACCCCAAACUAGUGACUGUCCUGUUACUCCACCCCCAAAAUACUCAAAAUUAUGACUGUUGCCUGGCCAGUGUGGCUCAGUGGUUGAGCAUCGACCCAU